AUGAGGUUCUGCACAAUGCACUGGGCUUCCGUCCUGAUAGUAGCUGGGCUGUGUGGGGUCUCCCUGGGCCAGUAUGAAGAUGAAGAAGAUAUGUACUGGUUGCAUCAGUACCUUCGCAGCCAGGCGUUGUCCUAUAACUACGUGCCAUACUACGAAGAUGAGGUCCCCCAUUACCCUUAUGUCCCACCUGGGUCCCCCUUUGCGGAGCCCAUCCUUGAGCCCGUUUCCCGGGAAUGCCCCCAGGAGUGCGACUGCCCCCCCAACUUCUCCACGGCGUUGUACUGCGACAGCCGCAACCUGAGGUACCUUCCCUUUGUGCCUUCCAGGAUGAAGUACGUCUACUUCCAGAACAACCAGAUCACCACCGUCCAAGAGGGGGCUUUCGACAACGCCACAACACUGGAAUGGAUUGCGCUGCAUGGCAACCAGAUAACCAGUGAGAAGAUGGGCAAGAGGGUCUUUGCCAAGCUCAAGAACCUAGAGAGGUUGUAUCUGGAUAACAACAACCUGACCAAGAUGCCCAGCCCCCUGCCCAGGUCCCUGAGAGAACUCCACCUGGCUUACAAUCAGAUCACCAGGAUCCCAUCCAACGCUCUGGAGGGUUUGGAGAACCUUACUGCCCUGUAUCUCAGCCACAACCAGAUCCAUGAUAUAGGAGCAUCUUUCAAAGGGUUAAAGUCCUUGAUCCUUGUUGACCUGAGCUACAAUCACCUCAGGAAGGUCCCCGAUGGCCUCCCAAGCUCUUUGGAGCAGCUCUACCUAGAGCACAACUACAUCUACACCAUCCCUGAUGAGUAUUUCAAAGUGUCCCCCAAGCUGCUCUAUAUCAGGCUGUCCCACAACAGCCUGACCAAUGAUGGGCUCUCCUCCAACACCUUCAACACCAGCAGCAUCCUAGAGCUGGAUCUGUCUUAUAACAGGCUCCAGAAGAUCCCCCGGGUUAGCACCAACCUCGAGAACCUCUACCUCCAAGGGAACCAAAUCAAUGAAUUCUCCAUCAGCAGCUUCUGCACAGUCGUCGACGUCAUGAACUUUUCCAAGCUCCAGGUCUUGCGGCUGGAUGGGAAUGAGAUCCAACGGAACGCGGUGCCCCCGGAUGCCCCCCUCUGCCUGAGGCGUGCUGCCGUCAUUGAGAUUUAA